AACUUGGGAUCUUAUGUUGAUAAUUUUUAUUGUCAAUACCAAAACUUUUUCCAAAAUCUACUUGCAAUACAUAUGGUCAAGCAAAUCCUUAUUAAUUGUUACUCACAAAUGUAAAUAAAAAAAAUAAAGAACGAACAUAAAAACUCAAAUUGAUCCCCUACUCCCAACCGGACAGUCAAAUCCCUACAAAAAAAAAAAAAAAAAAAACUACUGUAGUAAGAAAAGCCGAGUAGUCACUGUCGUUAAACCCUGCCCCUCCAAGAACACAAACGAAUUCCAAAAGGAAAAAGAAAAUGGCUCUUUGGAGAGCGAGAAUGGCUUCUUCGUCCCUACUUCGCAAUGUCAUCAGUCGCUCUUUCUCUACCAGUCCAUUUGAAGCAAUGGUGUCGAAAAUGAAGCCAUCAAAGGAACUAGAAUCAAUGAUGGAACAAUUUUCACUGGACAUAAGUUCCCAAAUUGGAAGUUGUAUGCCAUUAGGUAUGAUGAGAAUCGGAACCCUAAUUCACAACAUCGAGAUCCGACCCGGACAAGGCGGUAAGUUGGUUAGAGCAGCUGGUACAUCUGCAAAAAUACUUACGGAGCCAAGUGCAUCGACAAAGUUUUGUGAAGUGAAGUUGCCAUCAGGUGUGAAGAAAUUGGUUGAUGUUAAAUGUAGGGCGACGAUAGGACAAGUGUCGAAUCCAGAGCAUGGGACGAAGAAGUUGAGGAAGGCGGGGCAGAGCAGGUGGCUGGGAAGGAGACCAACAGUUAGGGGGGUGGCGAUGAAUCCUGUUGAUCAUCCACAUGGUGGUGGUGAAGGGAGGAGUAAGAGUAGUGGAAGUCAUGGAAGGGUUUCGUUGACACCUUGGGGGAAACCUACUAAGAGUGGGUAUAAAACUGGGCCACUUAAGAGGAAAAAGUAGUCCUACGGGAGCUUUAGUGCACCGUGUUGCCCUGCCGUUGUUUGUUUGUGUUACUUUUUCUUAAUGAAGUUUAUGAGGAGACAAUAAUAUUCAGCAAAUGAAUUUAGAAACUUGUUUAGAAACUAUGGAGGUUUUUUGUGCCUUUUGGUUUGAUAGAAAUUGUGUUACUUCAGGUUCGUUUCAAUCUAAUGGUUAGUCAAAGGUUUAUUAGGAGAACACCUAUUAAGCUAUUGUUUUUGCAAGUUUUGAGGAUGUCUAGUGCCUCGACAUUACUCCAUUGUAAUUUUUACCUGAAAAUAGGUAAGAUGAUUACAUUUCAUUUGCUUAAUGUAGUUUCCUUUCUCUA